CUAUCUCCGCUUAGCUGUGGGCCGACCAUCCCCCCCUCAGCGUUGCCGUGGGGACGGGACGCCGGGCUCCGCCCAGAGGUGAAGAGAGGCGGUGUAAGAGAUUCUGGGGUAGCUGCCGCCCGCCCGCCCGCCAUGGAGUCGAGCAAGGGAAAACGUACUAUCCCAAAACCACAUCCUCCAGUUGUAGGUGAGGUGACCCACCACAGCAUUCAACUCUCUUGGGAUUUGGAAAAUACAGCACAAAGAAAAGGACCUCAAGAGCAAUGGCUAAAGAUGUCAAUUGAAGAAGAGGACCCCAAAUUACAUACCUAUGGUACCAUUUAUACGGGCUAUGCUAGACAACAUGUCAUAGAAGGUCUUCAGCCAAGAACGACCUACAGAUUUCGACUAAAGAUCACUAGCCCUACAGGGGACUGUGCUUAUAGUCCAGCUGUCUCUGUAUCCACUACAAGAGAGCCGAUGAGCGGAGAGCAACUUCAUCGAGCUGUCAGUAUGAAUGACGUAGAGGCAGUUCUUAACAUUCUUCAGGGAGGACAUGUGAAGGUGGAUGUUCCUGAUAAACUAGGCUUUACUGCUCUGAUGGUUGCUUCGCAGAAAGGAUAUGAUAGGCUUGCGAAAAUAUUGGUACAGAAUGGAACAGAUGUAAAUCAGAAGAAUGGAAGUGGAAAGGACAGCCUAAUGUUAGCUUGUUUUGCUGGUCACCUGGAUAUUAUUAAAUACCUCAGAGAACAAGGAGCUUCUUGGGAAGUCAGAGAUCUGGGAGGUUGUACAGCUUUGCACUGGGCUGUGGAUGGAGGACAUUGUGAGGUUAUUGAAUGGAUGAUUAAUGAUGGCUGUCAGGUAGAUACUAAAGAUACAUGCUUAGAAUGGACACCAUUGAUGAGAGUUUCUGCAGUAACAGGGAAUAAGGAUGUGGCAUCUCUUUUAAUUGAAGCAGGAGCAGAUGUGAAUAUGAAAGAUAAAGAUGGCAAAACACCUUUAAUGGUGGCAGUAUUAAAUAACCAUGAAGAGUUGAUUCAGUUGCUGCUGGAUAAAGGAGCAGAUGCUACUGUUAAAAAUGAGUAUGGCAAAGGUCUUCUAGAAAUGGCUAGAAGUUUACAGAGAUACAGCGUGGUCACCUUAUUAGAAGAAAAUAAGAGAAAAUUAAAUGAGAACACCAAUUUUCCUCCACCAGUUCUUGGCUCACAGGCACGUGAAGUAACUAAAUAAAAGAAAAGGAGUGCUUUUUCUACCAGUAAGGUGAAAACAUGAAGACUGGCCCUCAGUUAAGCAUUAGAAUUUGCUUGUUUUACUUUAUACUGUUCAGUUGUUACAGAUUCAUGGAUGCUCAUUAAAAUGUGUAGCUCAGCUUCUUGAGGAUAUUGUCUUGUAUCUAACUAUAUAUAUGUAUGUUGUACUGUCAUUGUUCCCUAACACUACUUUAUAUUCUCUUGCAUUUAGAGUUAGAUGUAAAUCAAAAUAAUGUUUUCAUAAAUGUAGUUUGUAUAUCAUUCCCCUUCCUAUUCUAAGCCCUUCUCAGAGCUCAUGACAAAGAUUCUUUUUCACAUAUUUUUUAUUAUUACUUCCCUCUUCUUUUCCUUUGUGUCCUAGUAACUGUUCCUCUGGCUAGAGAAUGUUCAGUAACUUCCACCGAUGCCUGUCAGUGUCACUCUUAAAAUAGCCAGGAAGUCCCUUCUUUCUUUCCAGGAAACGAGCAUCUUGCUUGUGCAGCAAGCCCAGACUCAGCCAUAGGAGUGAAGGACUAAGUUUAAGUCUUAAGGACUGUAAUAUCCUUCCAGGAUAAUGUGUUAGGUUAGGGAGGUGUAUGUAAUAAAUAAAGUUGAAAGGUGGAUUUCAGGGUGGAAGCUGAGUUGUGACGUUAACUGUAACUAUUAUCCGAUGUAAAUAAUCAGGGAUCUCCUCAUACACGGUCUUGCAGCAUCAGGGGGCAACUAACACGCAUGCACAAUCUAUCCUGCGGUAGAAACGCAAGGAAGUCCAGGCACUUAAGUUUUAUCACAAGAUAAAGAGCCUUAUACCCACUUCAAGGGAUUGACCUCACUGAGUUCACUUUGUGGUAAAAGUAAAGUGACUGGUCUUCACUGUUUUUUUUUACCUUGGGAUAGCUCAUGUGUAUUAGUUACCCUUUUCAGUAGAGAAGACAAGGCCUAUACUGGGGAGGUAAGAGGAAAUUGUCACUAAAGGUACAGUCUAAUCGUCACUAAAGGUACAGUCUAACAGUUUUUUGGAGUUCAAACCUAAAGAAUUCCAAAGCAUUAAUGCAACAUUUAACCUGGCCUGGUCACCAAAUAAUGUUUUAUUAUUUUAAAAAUUGCUUGUAACUCUUGCAUUCACAAUAUAGUGUGUGUAAGCAGAGUCAGGAUGAGCUCUACCCUGACAUCUGGUGGUGAAUUAUGGCGAGUGUGGAAAAGAACUCCAGGAGCUGAUCUUGUUUGCAUAGGCACACCCACUCGCCUGGCAUGAAACCACAGCAACUCAAAGUGGUUACUUUGGCUGGUGUGGGAUCCCCAGUUUCUCUGUUAUUGGGGCAGGAAGAAUAAAGUUUUGUUACCCUGAUUCUGUGAAUCAAGGCCAGUGGAACUGUUGUAUGACAGAAGGACUGAGUGAGUCAUUCACCAUUACCUAAGUAGCAUUUGCUUGUCAAGGGGCAUGGGUUACAAAACCCAGCGAAUUGAGAGAGGUUGGGGGCAGGUAUUGGUACCUGGUGGUGUGGGUCCCUUUUGUGGGCCUGAAACACCAAUUGCACCUCCUCCUCUCUCCACUGUUGAAUGUCAGAGCUAACUUUGAUUCCCUUAGGAGUCUAGUUACAGACCGCUGAGCUGAGUUCACUUUGGGCCAAUAGUGCACCAGCACUGGGGCUCCCCUACUACUAGCUGAAAUCACUAAGAGCUGAAAUCACAAAAGAGCUAAAGCUAUUUAAGAGCUGAGAUCACUGAGGCUGUGUUAACUAGUGGGGGAGCCUGAAGCUAUAUUGGCUAAGUUAGCUUAGCGGGGGUGAGCAGAGCGGAGCGGCUCACAGGUCGGUGAGCGGAGCGGCUGGAGGAGCAGCUAGCAGAGCAGAGCCUUGUGGGAGCGGCCCAAGGGACGGCUGGAGCAGAGCGGCGCGGCUCACAGGUCGGGGAGCGGAGCGGCGC